AUGUACAAAAAGAACGAGGAGAAUAUACCUGCUGCCGCCGUGGAAGGAUCAGCCACCGGACCACCAUCGCCGCCUAGCUGCUGCUGGGAAAAAACGGUGCUAGACGUUGGAGCUGUCGCCGGUGAAGGGAAAGAAGACGCCGCUGCUGCCAAGGAGGACGCUGCCGUUGGUGAGACGCUGGACGGUGGAAGAGCAGCUGCAGGCGGAGAGGAACGGUUUGAUGACGGCACCGAGCUGCUGUCCGCUGCUGCCAAGGAGAACGCUGCCGCUGGCGGAAAAGAGGCUGCCGGCGAUGAAAGGUCAGAAGCUGCUGCCAGCAAGGAGCUGGACGGCAGGAGAGCAGCUGCCAGCGAGGAGCUAGACGGCGGGACAGCAGUUGCGGGCAAGGAGCUGGACGGCGGGAGAGAGGCUGCUGCCGUGAGAGGUGACACGCCGAAGCUGCUGGGCGUGGACGAGGAGCUGGUCGCCGGAGGUGCGGUGGGGAUGACCGGUUGUUCUCCUUCUACUUCAAUUUGUGACAUUGUUUGA